UGCCCGCAGCGGGACCCCCGCACCAGGGGUGACCGAGCCCCCGCUGCCACGCGGGGCCACCGUGGCUUGUCUGCCCCCUUCUCUCUGUCCCCGCAGGCCAGAAUGGAGCCCAGCACCUCCCCUCUGCCACCCACCAGCCCCGCCGGGCUCUCGGCGUUCGUGGCCGUGUCGCAGGUGCUGGGACUGACGCUGUUGGCCACCACCGGAGCCUGGUUGGGCCGGUACCGGGGCGGCGUGGCCUGGCACGGAACCCUCCAGUUUAACGUCCACCCCCUCUGCAUGGUGCUGGGCAUGGUGUUCCUCCAAGGUGACGCUCUCCUGGUUUACCGGGUCUUCAGGCAGGAAGCCAAGAGGUCCACCAAGGUUCUGCACGCUCUGCUCCACGGCCUGGCUCUGGGCAUUGCCCUCGUGGGCAUCGUCGCCGUCUUCGAGUCCCACCGGACCAAGGGCAUCCCUGACAUGUACAGCCUGCACAGCUGGUGUGGGAUGGCCACCUUUGUGCUCUACCUCCUGCAGUGGCUCCUGGGCUGUGGUUUCUUCCUCCUCCCUGGUGCCCCCUUCUCACUGCGUGGCCGGUACAAGCCCCACCACAUCUUCUUUGGCAUCACCAUCUUCAUCCUCUCCAUCGCUGUCUGCUUGCUGGGUAUCACUGAGAUGCUCCUCUUCAACAUCAGGGACUCAUACAGCCUCUUUGUGCCUGAGGGUGUCCUGGCCAACACCCUGGGGGUGCUGCUGGUGGCCUUUGGGCUAGUGGUGGGCUACAUGUUGACACGGGAUGACUGGAAGCGCCCACCCCUGGCUGAGGAACUGGCUCUGUCCAUGGACUUCAAGACCCUGACAGAGGGUGAGAGCCCCGGCGGUAGCAGCCAGUGACAUCCCCAGGACCCCUGUCCCUGGCUCCUCCUGGUGUCUGUGGGAUGUUCCUGUGUACCCCAUCCCUGCUGCUUUUGGGGCUCAGCCCGGCUGGGGGAGGUGAGGGGCACCAGGGAAGGGUGUUCUUGGUGUGAGACUGCUCGCUGGGCUCUGCCCUGCUUGGCCUUAUCCCUCCUCAGCUCUGCUCUGCACAGCCCCCCGUGACUCCCCCAAACCUACCCCAGCCCUGUGGGGACAGCAGUGACACAGGCAGGGGCUGGGGCAACAAGUACAGAGGGGGUUCCCAGGCUCUGCCCUGCCUGAGGGACCCUGGGUGGGAGCUGAGGUUUCUCUGCUGGACCCCAACUCCUGUUCUUGAUGCAGAGGGGCCCAGGGGUCCCACUCACUGGCAGCCCCUCACCCUCCAGCCUGGCUGCUCCACCCCUAGAGUGCUCCCCGGGGGCUGGGAGGGACUCGGCCUCUGUGCACCUUCAGUGUCUUCAUGUCCAAAAUGUUCUCUCCUCUCGUGUGCUGUGGUGUCUGCUCAGUGGCUGUUCCCAACAAAAUAAAUGUUU